AUGCUUCUCCGUGCCGGCGUCGCGCUCAUCCUUUUGGGUUGCUGUCUUGCACAAGGAUGGGGUAAACGCGGAAAUAACAAUAGCACGCGAUCACCAAGAGGGAAAGGAUCGAGGAAACAUAAUUGGGGAGACAAGAUGAACGAGCAGCAGAUCGGAGCAUUCAGAAAGUCUCUCAGCCACACGAACGUCGAUCGUUUCCAUGCGGCGCUCGACAAAAUGAGAGAGCGAGCCGCUGAAAGAAUCGAGCCGAAUGAGCAAGAGAAAGCUGGAAUGUACGAGAGGAUGAAACAAAUGCGCCCGCACACACGAACGCCUAGAGUUCGUCCUGAUGGAGACACGCUCACCGAGGUCAACGAGAAACAAGGCGUCUCUCAGAAUCUUUAUGGAGGUGAUAUGGCGUUGGAUGACCCCCAGGUCGACGUGAUUCUUGGAGAUUUCGUCGAGGAUGACGAUUCGACCGACGACGAUGUGGCGGCAAGAAAGAAACGUCAGGCCUAUCGCAACUCUCGUUAUCCGGCCAAUUUGUGGGGCUCUGGUUCGGCGUCGCCGAUGGUCUACUACUAUUUUGAUGGAUUGACAGCAAACGCUCAGAAAAUGGCACAAUUGGCGAUUGAUUUCUGGCAAAACUCGACGUGUAUCACUUUCGUGAAAAGCACCACAAACAGUAACCGUAUCCGUUUCUUUACUGGUCAAGGCUGCUACUCGUAUGUGGGCAUGAUCGGUGGGACGCAGGAUCUGUCGCUUGGCACUGGAUGUGAUAGUUUCGGCACAGCAGCUCACGAGAUCGGCCACGCGCUUGGCUUUUUCCACGAGCAAUCCCGUUUGGAUCGAGACAACGCGAUCACCGUCAACUUCAACAACAUCCCCAGCGAUUGGGUUGAUCAAUUUGACAAGGAGACCACGUCGACGAAUUUCAAUUACGGAAUGCCUUACGAUUACGGUAGCGUGAUGCAAUAUGGCGCAUCGAGCGCAUCAAGCAACCGACAAGCAACGAUGGUGUCAAAGGUUCCCGUCUACCAGGAUACGAUGGGAUCCGAUAAAGUCUCUUUCUACGAUAUCUCCAUGAUGAAUGAUCACUAUAAAUGCAAAGCCAAAUGCACCUCUGGAGCAACGUGUGUGAACGGCGGAUUCCGAAACUCGAAAAACUGCAACUCUUGCAUCUGCCCCGAGGGAUGGGGAGGUGCCACUUGCGCCGAGAGAGCGUCAGGCUGUGGAGCAGCGCUCACCGCUACCAGCACGCUUCAGCAAGCGUCGAUCACCGUCGGCUCCGGGCAACAAACUGUUCAACCCACCUGGGCUAAAUGCCAUCAUAUGAUUACGGCACCAGCCGGGAACAAAAUCGAGAUCACCCUCAACACCCUUCAAUAUCAACAAUGCCAAGAGGGCUGCAUCUACACAGGAAUCGAGGUGAAAGCCUCGUUGGACCACCGAUUGACCGGAAUUCGGUAUUGCUGCUCGGAUGAUGUUGGCCAAAAGAUCAUCUCCGAGGGAAACAUCGUGCCGAUCAUCACCUACAAUCGCUACUAUCAGAGCACGUUCACGUUCUCGUACAGACUCGUGCCCUCCAGCACCGCCUCAACAAUCCAAUUGGCUCAAUUCCCGUCGGCUGGGGCCACCUAUUCGACGUCGACAAAUCCAAACACGAAUGGCGGUGGAACGGGUGGCGGUGGGACAACCGUCACUUGCACAGAUGAUGCAAAUUGUGUAACGUGGGCGAGCAACGGCUUCUGCACCUCUUCGACCUACACGGCGGCACAGAAAAAACAGUAUUGCCCAAAUAAGUGCAACAUGUGCAGC